UCUGGGAAAUUGAGUCCAACGUGCUUAAUAAUUCAAGCCCCUCAUUAUUUGUUUCUUCGCCGCCGCUCACAAGAUGCCAGCCGUACACCACAAACUACUCCUGGAGGACGCUUUGCAGGACAGUCCUCAGACUCGUUCCUUGCUCAGUGUGUUUGAGGAGGAUGCGGCAAACCUCACUGACUACACCAAUCAGCUACUGCAGUCCAUGCAGCGUGUGUUCGGCGCUCAGAGUGAGAUGGGUUUGGCCACAGAGCAGCUCUCACGGCAGCUUCUUGCCUAUGAGAAGAAAAAUUUUGCCCUUGGCAAAGGUGAUGAAGAAGUCGUUUCCACACUGCAGAACUUUGCCAAAACAGUGGAGGAGCUGAACUCGCUACACUUGGAGCUCGCCAACCAGAUGGCGGACACCAUGGUCUUCCCCUUGAUCCAGUUCAGAGAGAAAGACCUUACGGAGAUAAGCACGCUGAAGGAAAUAUAUGGCAUCGCCAACGAUGAGCACGAGGCGGCCAUGGUCAAGUACAGCCGAUUACCCAAAAAGAGGGAGAAUGAGAAGCUGAAGGCAGACCUGGUUAAAGAAGUGGCGUACACUCGCAGGAAGCAGCAUCAGGCCUCGCUGCAGUAUUACUGCGCCCUCAAUGCCCUGCAGUACCGCAAGAGGGUGGCCAUGUUGGAACCCAUGCUGGGCUACACACAAGCACAGGUCAUAUUUUUCAAGAAAGGCCUUGAGUUGGUGUCAAAGAAGUUGGACAACUUUCUCUCCUCUGUGUCCAAUAUGACGCAAAACAUCCAGGCUCAACUGGAUGUGGAGGCCGAGACCAUGCGCGUGUCCCAGAAGGAGCUCCUGUCCGUGGACGACUCGGUCUACAUGCUCGACAACGACACCGAGCCCGUCAAUCGCACGCUAAUCCAAAAGGCUGGCUUCCUCAACAUCAGGAAUAAAACCGGCCUGGUGACCACAGCGUGGGACCGCCUGUACUUCUUCACUCAGGGGGGCAACCUCAUGUGCCAGCCCCGGGGGGCUGUGGCAGGGGGCAUGGUGCUGGACCUGGACAACAGCUCCGUGAUGGCCAUCGAGUGCGAAGACAGGCACUACUGUUUCCAAAUCACCUCCCCUUCUGGAAAAACGUCAAUGAUUCUACAAGCGGAGAGCAAGAAGGAAUAUGAAGAAUGGAUUUGCACCGUGAACAACAUUUCCAGACAGAUCUACCUGACUGACAACCCAGAGGCUGUGGCCAUACGACUGAAUCAAACCGCCAUCCAGGCUGUCACCCCCGUCACAAGCUUCGAGAAGAGGCAGGAAGGCUCACCCGACCCUGACAGAGCCAAGCCAGGAGGCGUUUACUCCACCAGCGCCGGAUCUCAGAAGUCAGGAUCCGGUCCGGAGUCAGAAGACCUGAUCGCCCCUGGGACGCCAAUCCAGUUUGACAUCGUGCUGCCGGCCUCUGAAUUUCAGGACCAAAACAGAGUGGAUGGGAGGCGCACAAAUCCAUUUGGAGAAACGGAUGACGACUGUUCCCAUGAAAGCGACGUUCCUGUACACAAGCCUGCUUGUUUCUGGGGGUACGCAGACUCCCUCUUGCAGCAGGUGUUUGCCGUGCGCUUUCUGGGCUCCAUGGCGGUGCGCUGCGGUGACAACCAGGAGGUGAUCUACGAGGCCAUGCGGCAGGUGCUGGCCGCCCGGGCCAUCCACAACAUCUUCAGGACUACAGAGUCGCAUCUGAUGGUGACCAGCAGCAGCCUCAGGCUGAUCGACCCUCAGACUCAAGUGACAAGAAUAAGUUUCCAGCUGGGGGAGGUGUGUCAGUUUGCGGCCCACCAGGAGAACAGCAGGCUGAUGGGCCUGGUGGUGGAGGGCCGCGACUGGAGCGGCAGCGGCAGCGGAGAUGACGACGAAGGGGGCGAGCCCAUCUUUAGCGCCUUUGUCUUUGAGAGCAACACGGAGGGAGAGAAGAUAUGCUACACCAUGAGUUUGGCCAAGGAUAUUACAGAGGCAAAGAAGGACCCGGCAGCUCUGGCCCAGCUCAUGAAGACCAUGCCGCUCACCAACGAUGGCAAAUUCCUGUUGCUGGACGCCGAAUGCAGCGACACGGCGGACGGGGAUGGACUCGAAGACCUGGAGUCUGAGGCCUAGUCCUAACAAAAAAAAACAAACAAAAAAAAAAAACAACUGGACUGGACUUUUCUCCCCAAGGUGUUUUUCCAUUUCUGGAACCUCAAUAUGGUACAUUCCAGGUGUCAACUUUUUGACAUGCCUCUUUAUUUGUUUUGCAUGAGCGUACAAUUACCCCAGUUGGCUUGGAGUCCGCUUCGGUAAAAGCUGGAAUGUUCUGGUUGGGUCCAAUUUGAACUGGAAUUUGUCGCCGUGGUUCUCAAACGUUUUGCGGCAAGUCUUCAUCAAAAACGAUUAAAUGCUAAUGUACUGGAGUUUAAAGAUAAAUACAACUGGAACUGUACUUACAAACUGUACCGCACCGGAUUCCAAAAGGGUUUGAGCCACUAUAACAUGAUGCAGUUUGAACAUUUAAUUUAGUGAUUAUUCGCAUACCACUAGAGGGAGCCGGCGUACCACUAUGCAUACCACACUUUCAGAAUCACUGUUCUCAGCCAAUGAAAAAGCAUCGCUGACUUGCACCAAUGGCAUCAACUGGAUUUUAUUUCUAGCAAGUCACGUUUGUAGCCGACUUACUGUCAAAUUUAACUUGAGUUCAUACAAACGUAUUUCCUCAAAUAGUCACUUCUGUUCGAGUCGACGCCCCGCCCCAAUUAAAAUCUCAUUUUAUUCUUUCAAGGAAUUACAAAAAAAAAAGUAAAGUUGAAGGCCCUUAUAAAGUAUGGAAUAACAUUUAAUAGCUGUCCAGACAAAAAUAAAAUCUGUAUAUUUUUUAUUUCUAAAAAAAAAAAAAAAAAAAAUUCCUCAGAAUAUUUCAU